ACUCUUUUGACUACCGACUUCUCCAAAAAGCCCUUCUCCCUCCCUGCCUUUGCCGUGUGGUUCACACUCUGAACUUCUCCCCCAAAAACCCAAACCACAGCCAAACACAGCCUUACCACAACUCCAGAUUCCCACGCAAAAAUACAUUCUUUUCACAUUGUCUUCCAUCUAUAUAUAUAUCUAACACUUCUCCCCAUUGCUUAUUCUUCCACAAACCCCCCCACCAAUAUUUCAAACCCUUCUCAAAAAUUACUUUUUCUGUUUGACGCAGCUGAAUUUGGGUAGGCAGAUGUUUUAUGGUUCGUGUUUAGGAACAAGAAAGCUGUAAACUAGCACAAUAAUCAUGAACUCGCAAGCAGUAGUUUUAGCCACAGCCAUGGUUGUCUCCAGCACCGUUCUCUUUCUUGCUUUUGGAAAGCAAAAAGCUUCAUCUACGGAGAAUCAAGAUGAUUCUCCAUGCCAAACUCUACGGUCUUGCUUGUAUUCAGAGGAGAAGAAGAGGCAAAAGAAGAAGAAAAGAGUGCAUUUUGCGGAGAAUGUGAAGGAGACGAGUGGUAAUGGAAAGGAGUACAGGAAAGAACGCAGCAAGAAUUUUAUGAACAAAGUAGAUAGAAAUUGCAGGAAUGAAAUUCCAGGAAUGCCAGCAAAUAGAGUUGCUUUGUACAAUGGAAUUCUCAGGGACAGAGUUCACAGAACGCAAUGCUCUUGUUGAUCCCUAUAAUUUAAUUUUCUUCUUUUAUUUUCUCAGUCAGAAACCAUGUAAAUUUGUAAAGAAAUAUUAGGAGCUUUGCCCGAUUAACCCUUUUUUAAUCUAGAAAAUUGGACAAAAUCUGAACAUUUCUUGUUGAAUAUUCAAGUUAGUUUCCGGUCCUCUCUGUACAGAAAAA